GGAGCCGCAGCGGGGCCGGGCAGCCCGCGGAGGCCGCGCACCAUGGCGGACGAUGAGAAGGCCGGCGGGGGUUACGCGGGAGGCUGCGAGAGCGCGCACUGCAACGUACUGAGCUGGGAGCAAGUGCAGCGGCUGGAUCGCAUCCUCAGCGAGACCAUCCCCAUCCACGGCCGCGGCAACUUCCCCACGCUGGCCAUGCAGCCCCGGCAGAUCGUCAAAGUGGUGCGGAGCCGGCUGGAGGAGAAGGGCAUCGGGCUGCGGGACGUGCGGCUCAACGGCUCGGCCGCCAGCCACGUCCUGCACCAAGACAGCGGCCUGGGCUACAAGGACUUGGACCUCAUCUUCUGUGCCGACCUCAAAGGGGAAGCCGAGUUUCAGACUGUGAAGGACGUGGUCUUGGACUGCCUCUUGGAUUUCUUGCCCGAGGGGGUGAAUAAGGAGAAGAUCACGCCGCUCACCCUCAAGGAAGCUUACGUGCAGAAAAUGGUCAAAGUAUGCAAUGAUUCUGACCGGUGGAGUCUCAUCUCCUUGUCCAACAACAGUGGCAAGAAUGUGGAGCUGAAGUUCGUGGACUCUCUGAGGCGGCAGUUUGAAUUCAGUGUUGAUUCCUUCCAAAUCAAGCUGGACUCCCUGCUGCUUUUUUAUGAAUGCUCAGAGAAUCCAAUGACUGAGACAUUUCACCCGACCAUCAUCGGCGAGAGCGUCUAUGGGGAUUUCCAAGAAGCUUUUGAUCACCUCUGCAACAAGAUCAUUGCUACCAGAAACCCCGAAGAGAUCAGAGGAGGCGGUUUGCUGAAGUACUGCAACCUUUUGGUAAGGGGCUUUAGGGCUGCCUCUGAAUCCGAGAUUAAAUCCCUGCAGAGAUACAUGUGCUCGAGGUUUUUCAUUGACUUCUCAGACAUUGGAGAACAGCAGAGGAAGCUGGAGUCCUACUUGCAGAACCACUUUGUGGGAUUAGAGGACCGCAAGUAUGACUAUCUCAUGACCCUUCAUGGUGUGGUGAACGAGAGCACAGUGUGCCUGAUGGGACAUGAGAGGAGACAGACGCUGAAUCUGAUCACCAUGCUGGCCAUCCGGGUCCUAGCCGAGCAGAAUAUCAUCCCCAAUGUGGCCAAUGUCACCUGUUAUUACCAGCCAGCCCCAUACGUAGCAGAUGCCAACUUCAGCAAUUACUAUAUUGCCCAGGUGCAGACAGUGUUCCCAUGCCAGCAGCACACGUACUCUACCUGGCUGCCCUGUAAUUAAGGAUCAAAAUUAGUAGACCCAGUGGGGAGAACCUUUUCUAAUGCGUAGAAAGGGGCAAUGAGCCCCUUUGAAAUGGGGUGUUUUGUGCAAUGAUGAUCUGCUCUGGUUUUCAAGCUUGGUGAAAGCUUGUGGUUCUUCUAACAAACAAUGGGAGCAUGAUCUAGAAAGAACCCCAAAAUAAUUGGAUCCUACCCAGAGCACAAGAGGCCUGUCAUUAAAAGCAACCAGCUUCCCCUGAGAUAAGUGAGGGAGGAAUGCUUGAUGACAAUAUGGGUUGGCAGUAUCUGCUCCCAUAGCUUUGGCAUAGAGAAGAUGGGAAAGCCUUAUUUCUUUUGUUUUUAUUCUUACUCUAGAAUGGGAUCUGCAAAAGGGAGAAUAUGAAAGAAACAAAAAAACCAACAAAAAAAAAAAACUCAAAAAAACAAUUAUAUAUAUAUAUUCAGGAAUUAAAAGUAGAGGCAUAAAGCAGAGAUAAGCUGAAUUAAAAUGUAUAUUGGAAUUACUGCAUUUGGGGCUUGCAGCAAGUGCCGUCUAUGGAUUGACAGUGUAGAAUGUAUAGCUUGCUUGAAUAGAGAAUGCUUUAUCAGAAACAGCUUGCUCCAAAUGAACAGUAGUAGAUUGGUACAGUUAGAAAAACAGAAACACGCAUGAUGGCAAAGUCCAUUAUUUCCAGCUGUGUGUGCGUGCCUCCCAUUUUUAAAAUGUGAGAAUGCAGGGAGAACAGCUGUGGCAAACUAAGUAUGCUCAAGGACCAAAGAUUUCACAAAUAAGUUAUCUGAGCAAAGAAGACACAGUAGAGUAUAUAUAAAAAUAUAUAUAUAUAUAUAUAUAAAAAACAAAACAGAAAAAAAAAGAUGUUGCUAUAUUUGUACACACCAAUAGUAAUCAAAAGUGCCUGAUGCCUUCAUAAAAUUUGAAGUGAGAAAAAUCUAGUUUUGUGAUUUAACCAUGCAUUUUGUUUUAUCAGGGACACAAGGAUUAAAAAGCAAAACAACCAUAAGCUUGUGAAUAAGUGGUGGAGGAAAUGCCCUAUUUUUUUUCUUGGCAAAUACUUGUAUAGAGUAAAUGUUAUGUCGGUGUGCUAUUAUCCUAGGUACGUGUGUGUUUGUGUGUAUAUAUGUUUGUGUGUGUAUAUAUGUACAUGUUAUAUGUGUAUAUCUAUAUAUAUACACACACAAUAUAUAUUAAUGUGGUCUAGGAAAAUGUAGCAAUUAAGGAAUGUUUAAAUAAAGUACUAUGUGUUUUCCAGUUUGCAACAGGAUGUCAUAGGACAGUGGGCACUUUGCAGUGAAUUUUUAACCCACACCUGAGAAAUUUGGAGUAAAUGAACCAGUCAGGAUUAAGGUGGGAUUUGGAUAAUGUCUUUGGUGCAAGAACAAGGAUUACAGUAAUUCAGUGGAUUGCUUGUGAGCCAUAAUUCCACAAACAGAAACAUAUGACUACCUGAUUUUUUUUUUUUAAACUAUUUUGUACUGUAAUGCCAUUUUGACAUUUAACCCACUAAUGUUGUGACUGCAUACCUCCAUUAUGUGUAAUUCAGUGGAACGUGGAUCAAAGAUAGGUUUAUUUAAACCCCCUGACAGCUAAAGGAUAUUGUAUUAGUUGGAGAUUUGAACACUAAUUGUUAAUAUUUAAAGGAGUAUUUUAAUAGAAUGCGUGAUGCAUUCCAGGACCACUAGAAUUUAGUAAAUGUGAAGUGAACCCUUUUUAAGAGUUGCACGAUUGCUUAAAAUUAUAUUUUAUAUAUAUAUAUAUAUUAUAUAUAUAUAUAUUUUUAUGCAAAUAUUAAACAUCUUUGAUCUGGUUGUCACACUGCAUUUACAAGUUCAGUACUGUACUUUAUUUAAAUGGAAUCACUUUACAUUGGAACAAUACCUAUUCACUUUCAUUUCCUCUCCCAAAAGACCAGCAGGGGGAAAAUGAAACCUCUGCUGUUGUUUUCACUUCAGUGCCAUCCCUGAAGGUGUUAGAUUUUUGUUGGGCUUUGAAACCCCAAUAACUCAAUGACACUUGACUCUGAUAUUUUGCUAUUUUUUACUGAGGGGGGGGGGAAAAAAAAGAAAAGGGAAUUCAGGGUUUUGAGAGAAAACUGUGCAUCUUUGCAUGGUCUCGUGUGUGUGGAGGCAGGAGCUAGAGAGAACAGGGCUCGUGUCCCGGCUGUGUUUUCCCUACGGAGCUACUAAGGUACAUCUAUUUUUGUCGCGCUUUGUACUUUUAACUCUGAAGGCAAUCUAGCGGGAACCUGAUUUGUUUACAGAAGCACCUUCCCUGUGAAUUCUUCAGGAAAUGUACAAUCUGUUUCAUUGCCCUUUGCUGUGUUUGCUCGGAGACCUUGUCCCCGCCAACCCUUCCUCCCCCCUGAGGCCUUCCUCCUCUCUGAGGCCAGAGCAGGGCCCGUGUUACAGGGGCCGGUGUCGGCUGGCAGAGCUGGAAGGUGCUGGCCAAAGCGUUGCACUGCCGGCAGCUCAGGGAAGGUUCCUAGCGGAAGCACGGGGAGGGCUGGGGAAAUAGGAUCAGCUGGUAAUGUGGUAUGUCUUCUCUCGCCGCAGCUAUUUGCAGCAAAUAAAUGAGUCAUCUGCUCUUCUGAGGGGGGCUGAGAAUCUAUAGCUGUGCCACAACGACAGAAUGCUGAUAGUACAUGACAAAAUGUAUUUUUCCAUCGAAGGACCCUUUUUCCAUUGCUUAGAAGAAAGUUUUGAUUUACUUCCUCUCCGCUCAAAUUUUAUUGUGUUUUUAUGAUUGACAGCAGCUAGUUACCUUAUAGUGCAUGCAGCAGGGCUCUGAGCUAAACUGCACCUUUCAGCGUUUGCAUUUUGAUACAUAUAUAAUAUGUUUUUAUAUAUAUUAUAUAGGUAUUCUGGAUCUGUUUUGCAUAUGUUAAUGAGCAAGUGGUGGAACUGGUGGAGCUUUGUUGUAACUGUGAUGGGAGUUUAAAAGGUGCCUGGUGUUAGAGGUGGGAAGAAGGUGUGAGCUCAGGCCAAGAAUUAAAUAAGAACCCCUUUUCAAAGCUGGUUUAUUCCUGCGGUUUGCACACCUUCCUCUCCAUAAAGUCUGACUUUUUAAAACUGUUUCCCCCUCCCGCCCUUCGUUACACUGAUACUUUUAAAGUUAACAACCACAUUCUUGCUUUGUAGACUUCAUUUUUCUCAUCCAAUCAGCUGCAAGGCUACAACUUGCUGCAAGAGACAGUGUCCCUUUUAAAGCGCUGAACUGAUUAAAAACAUUGACCUGAUUACAGUAAAACUGUUUGUGCUGCAGCUGAAUUUAUUGCUAACCGAGAGGGAGCUAAACUUGGUUCAGUAGAGCUAUCGCGAAACAACUGAGAGCUUUGAAAUUGGAUUUUUUUUCUUAGAUGUAGCUGUCUCCCCAGUGCAAGAACACUUCCUCCAAAAAUAGAAGGGCAGUUAAACGACCAAAAAGAUGAUAUUUUUAUAGUUUUAUUGCACUUACUGAAAAUAUUUUUGUUUUGUCUUGCACAAAGGCCUUCAUACAAAUCUUUGAAACACCUCUUACUUAGUGCUUGGUUUGCAUUGUGUGAGAAGCUCCUACCAGUUUCAAAAAAAGCUUUUUUUUUUUUUUUUUUUUUUUAAUUGAGAAAAUGAAGUGUGUUAGAUAAAACUGCACAGAAAAGGAAAAACUGUAAUUGCCUAUUCAGCUCUAUUUGAAUAUAUUCUUUUGUAUGGUUUUCUUUAUGCAGAGAGUUUCCUUUGCGAGAACGAAAAUCAGUGUACUGUUUUGCUGUUGUAAUAAUGGUUUGCUAACAAAAUAAAUAGUUUAAAAAAAAAAAAAAAAGCCUGCAAAUUUCAAGACAGCUUGGCUGAAGCACUGCAGGCUCCUGCAGUCCGUAGGAGUCUGUGCAGAUUUGCUUUCCCUCAGAUUUCCAUACAACUGUUGCCUUCUGCAAGGCAUCCUGUUGCAGCAAACUGCUCCUUGGAUUGCUCUUUUGGAACAUUUUGACUAUAGGCGUUGUCAGAGAAAGAAAAAGAGCUGAUGGGAAACAGACUCUGGAGGGAACAGAUUGUGAAUUUUGUUUACAGCAUCCAAUAUUUGGAUUUUUUUUUGUAAAUAAAAAGAAGUUAUUUUUUUCUAUUGA